AUGUCGUCCCUCCUCGGUCACAAGCACAACCCCUACCUCUUUCCAGGUGUGGUCGACUUUAGUCAGAUCGACUUUUGGAUCGCAGCCGCUUGCAUCUGCUUCAACCCUCUCUACUGGAAUUUGGUAGCGCAGAACGAGUAUCGCAACAAGACGAUUACAAAGCUGCUGAGGGGCAACACGUACCUGGGAUGCUACCUGCUCGGAGCUAGCAUCUUCCUGCUGGGCAUCCUCAGGGAUCAUCUCUACAACCACGCCAUCGCUUCCCAGCCCGCCAAUGCUCUACUGCUCCAUCCCGCUGCCAAAGUGGGCGGUGCAGCCAUCUUUGCGGUGGGACAAGUGUUUGUCAUCACUUCCAUGUGGGCCUUGGGCGUGACUGGAACAUACCUUGGCGACUACUUUGGCAUCCUUAUGCCCAGCAUCGUCACCGGCUUCCCCUUCAACGUCGUAGCGGAUCCCAUGUAUGUGGGCAGCAGCAUGUGCUUCUUUGGCGUGGCGCUUUGGUGAGUGGAUGUUGCAUGCGCAGGCAAAGGGCGAUUGCAUCGUGCAACAAGUGGCGAUGCGCCGUCGAGCUGACAGGAUGUGUGCAUCCACAACUUGCGCAGGUUCGGCAAGCCUGCAGGUGUGAUCCUCUCCGUUUUGGUGGUCAUCGUCUACAUCGUCGCAAUGCGCUUCGAAGGGUGAGAGGCAACAAUCACUGCGCUGCACAUGUGAUCGGCACGUCCACUGACCGCUGAUGCUGGCCAUAACAGACCUUUCACGGCCAACAUAUACGCCACGGCUGCGCGAGAAAAGGAGCGGCACGAAAAGAUCGAAGCGAUCCAAGCGGCUGACGGACCAGCUAGAGGUACGCGAUCCCACGGCACCUCCUCUCCCGCGCCCAAAGCAACACGAAGGAGCUCUCGCAAACGCGCAGACUGA